AUGGCCGAUCGCUCAUCGUACCCGCACUCGAACGCCUCGGAUUCCGAUUCGCAGCACACUUUCCAUAUCGCCCAGAAUGCUCCCUCGAGACUACCCAAACCACCGGCUGCCGCGGUCGUCCGGAAUUCUUCAGGAGAGCUGAAUGAGAAGCGAGGAGAUGAUAGCGACCAUGAUCUCGAGAAGCAGGCCACUGUGUCGCCUCGCAGGUCCCCAGACAUGACCGAGCGAUACAAUCCCUACUUUGGACAUAGCCCAUACGGUCGCUCGAGCAUGUCUUCGGACGAGGACGAUGACUUGGUCGAUCAACGUUUGCAUCUCGAAUCCAAGGCUAUCAAGAUACUGCUCUACCUAUCUGGUCCUUGUGUCUUGGUUUCCUUCAUCCUCUGUAUCUGGUCCUUGGUCAUCUCUUUCUUCACCGUCCUGACCUAUCCUCUUCGAUUCUUCUCCGCCUCUCGCCAGUCCCUUCCAGAUGAGCUUUGCUGUCUCCUCGCCCGCUCAAAUCGUCUUCAACUCCGAGCAAUCUACUCUUUCAAUAUCGUUCAGGGAAAGAGUGCUUCAAGCUUACUACUGGUCCACGUCCUCUCGCCUUUCGUCGCUAUGGCUGUGUCUAUCAGCGCCUGGGCUGUCGCCAUGUACUGGGUAUUCGCUGCCAUGAUUGGUGACCCUGAUGGUACUGAAGGUGGAAACGAUGGUAGAGCCACGGUCCUCGGUCUUCGAACUUACUGGGAAAUGUGGCUCUGCAAGGCCAUGAUCCAAUAA